UUCCUACUUUGGUGGGUCUGUCAGUACCACCUCUCAUCUGCCAGAAUCGAAAAGGCAUACGCAAUGUUGGGCUCCCUCAGGGACAAACAGAACAGCAACUGCAGGCAUCGCUCUUCUCAUGGCGCAGGCUGGCCGACCUGCCGAACAAGUACUUCGUGGGCGUGGCUGUUCUGUGCAGGAUCCGGCCGGUGUUGGUCGAGAGACGACACCAGUCUCCACCACGACUUCGUCUAGCCCAAGUCCUCGCGGUUUAAUGAUGAAAUCUGUUUGUUCCACCCUGACAACACUACCGCCUGAUAGCUCAAUAAAGCUGACGGCUGCAAUACCUACUAGCCGAGUGUCAACUGGUUUAAGUCUGUUGCGUCGAACUCGGUCUGAAUAUGCAACAGCAAGACAGAAACAGGAGAAAAGAGCCGCAGCUGAUGCGGCAUCAAAGGGAAAAGACCAUGCCGAACAUUGCAUCACUGGUGCAGUCGUCGCCCGACCUGGACCGGUCAUUAAGGAGAUGUCUGUUUCCUGUUUUCCUUGGUGA